AUGGCGGAUGAGAACGGAAAUACAUGGUGGGACCCAGUUUGCGGAUCAAGAGAUUUCAACAAUGAUUCCGAUACAUGGGCGUUUUGGAGUUUUCAAAAGACAGUGAACGCAACGGAUCCAGAUUUCACAAGAUGUUUCCAGCAAAGUGUUAUUUCAUGGAGUCCCUCGGUGUGGCUUGUAAUAUGUUCUCUCUUUUACAUACCAUACCUUGUUUUCCGACAAACCGUGAACAAAAGCAUAGGACAUCAUAGUGGCCUCAAUAUUAUCAAAACGGUAAUAAGUCUGUUUCUAUGUUAUGUGUCGAUAUUGGAUCUGAUCAAGUCAUUGGCGGAGACUGUAGAGGGCCUUCCACCAAGGGUGAUAUACUACAUCACCCCAACUGUGAACGUUUUUACCUUCGCUCUUGCAACGUUUGUCAUCUACUAUGAGUUUGCCAAAGGAUGUCAUUCUUCUGGAGUCGUCUUUAUAUUCUGGUUUCUACAACUUCUUGUGGGAGUUGUACCCUUCCGGACGAACAUACUGUUAGCCUUGAGUGAGGGAAAAAUAACAGACUCUUACCGUUUUGUGACCUUUUACAUCAUGUACGCGUGCGUCAUUGCACAGUUCUUGCUCAAUAUGACAGCUGAUGCAUCCGCAAAUCCCCAGAUCAAAGCAUGUCGAACUCAAAAACGACAAAAUAAGGAUGCAGUUGUGGACGCUAAAGAAUGUCUUGGAGAAAGUGACAAAUCCGAUAAGAUACCCUGCCCAGAACUCGAAGCGCCGUUUGUAUCAAGACUUACCUAUUGGUGGAUAACAGGGCUUAUCAUUCGUGGAUACAAAAAAUCUUUGGAACUCAAAGACUUAUGGGAACUCAACUUCGCCGAUACAUCUGCAUCUAUAUGGGCCGUAUUUGGAAAGCACUGGGGUACAGAAAUGGAAAGAUACCGCAAGGCAACAAGUUUGGUCAGGAAUUACAAAUAUCCCGUCCAGAAGCAAAUUACGGCUCCACCUAAAGACAAACAACAGGCAGAUGCCAAGGAAGAAGAUAUUCCAAGUGCAAAAAAUGAUGAACCGAGUGAAGACAUCAUGAAAGCUUUUAAUACUGGCUCCCUUUUGAAGGCAAUCACUAAGACAUUUGGUGCAGAGUACAUGUUAGCUGGAUUCUUUAAGCUUUUAUCCGACGCAUCUGGGUUUCUCAGCCCACAGAUUUUAAAUUUAUUGAUUGGCUUUGUCAACGGUGGCGACCCAUUGAUAUGGAAGGGCUACAUUUACGCGGUGUCGCUUUUUGCGAUAGCUGUGUUCCAAUCCAUCAUUCUUCAACAGUAUUCGCAUGGCUGUUUUUCCAUUGGACUUAAAGUUAGGUCGGCUAUUGUCGCUGCUGUAUAUAGAAAGGCUCUUACAUUAAACAAUACUGCCAAGAAAAGUUCCACGGUCGGUGAAAUUGUCAAUCUUAUGGCCGUCGACUCGCAGAAGCUUUUAGAAGCGCCGCCGUUUAUCCACAUGAUUUGGUCAGCACCUAUCACUAUUGCCUUUGCAUUGUACUUCCUUUGGCAACAGCUUGGUCCAUCGGUCCUUGCUGGAUUAGGCGUUACCGUAAUAAUGAUUCCCAUCAAUGCAGUCCUUGCUGGGAAGAUAAGGGAUUUCCAAAUUCGCCAAAUGAAACUGAAAGAUGGACGAAUUAAGCUAAUGAACGAGGUCCUAAGUGGAAUGAAAGUUCUCAAACUGUACGCGUGGGAAGGUGCCUUCCAAGAAAAGAUAUUGGAGAUAAGAAAUCAAGAAAUCGCAGUAUUGAGGGCAAGUCAGCUCUUCCAAGCUGUGAGCUCUUUGUCCUGGUUUUGUGCUCCAUUCCUGGUUGCACUGGCUUCAUUCGCUACUUACGUUUCAGUGUCAGAAACGAAUAUCCUGACUGCACAAAGGGCGUUCGUGUCAUUGUCGUUGUUCAACAUCAUGAACGCUCCUCUGGCGCAGAUCCCAGCCGUUAUUACAUAUUUGGUCCAGUGCGCUGUCUCUAUUGGGCGUCUUAGUCGUUUUUUAAAGAACCCUGAACUCGACGUUGAAAAUGUGAAACUUGAGACGAAUCAGGAAAAUGCCAUGUCUAUCCGUGAUGGUACCUUCUCUUGGGAUAAAGAUGACGCACCGGUACUACAUGAUGUUAAUAUGCGAAUACCCGAGGGUAAGUUGGUUGCAGUGGUGGGAAUGGUUGGCUGUGGCAAGUCAUCUUUAAUAUCAGCAUUGCUCGGUGACAUGGAAGUAAUGAAAGGAAGCAUUUCAUUAAGAGGUUCAGUGGCAUAUGUUCCACAGCAAGCUUGGAUUCAGUUUAAUACCCUAAAGAACAACAUCAUAUUUGGUGCACCACUUGAUGACGAAAGAUAUGAAGACAUUAUAAAAGAAACAACAUUGAAAACUGAUCUGGAGAUUCUACAAGGUGGAGAUCAGACUGAAAUAGGCGAAAAGGGCAUCAACUUGAGUGGGGGUCAGAAGCAGAGAGUGAGUCUCGCCAGGGCAGUGUAUCAAAACAAGGACAUCUAUCUGUUGGACGAUCCCCUCAGCGCAGUUGAUGCACAUGUUGGCAAACAUAUUUUUGACAAUGUUAUAGGUCCAGCUGGAAUCCUAAGAAAUAAGACGAGAGUUUUGGUUACAAAUGGUAUAAACUUCUUACCCAAAUGUGAUGAAAUCAUUGUGUUGAACAACGGGACGAUUUCUGAGACAGGGACCUUCGCCCAACUACUUAAGAACGCCGGGGCAUUCUCAGAAUAUAUCGCAACGUAUCUGAAUGAUGAUGUUCGUGAAAAUGAAAUUGACGAAGAUGACGAGAUGAUACAAAUUAAACGAGAUCUGAAGCGUCUCGUUUCCGUCCAGUCAGCAUUAUCAGACAAGUCCGAUAAAGAUGAUGCUGGGAGUUUAGCCGACAGCAUAGCAAGUGGCAAGAGAGGGAGCAUGAGAAAGAGAUCGAGUCCAAGAAAGCGCACAAUCUCGACCAAGUCAGAUAAACUAGCCAACGAAGAUGACGUCGAAAUUGUAAAGAAACCUGGGAAGAAGGAGAAACUUGUGGAAGAUGAAAUGGCUCAAGAGGGAGGAGUUCGGGCAAUUGUUUUCCUUAAAUACUUCAAAGCAUGUGGUGUCGGUUUCUGUAUACUAACAGUGCUUGCUACCAUACUGUAUAUGGGGUGUCAAGUUGGUACUAACAUAUGGCUUAACAUAUGGAGUAGCGAUAAACCCCUUCAGAAGAAUGGUACCUUAGUCCAAGAUAAACCACUUACUAACUUACGACUUGGCAUAUAUGGGACAUUUGGUGCGGGAUCGGUUUUGACAGUCUUGCUCCGAUCUAUUUCUAUUGCGCUUGCAUCCACAUUUUACACUCCGAUCUCCUCCAUAACGUGGUCAGGGCUCCAAUGUCUUUCUUCGACACAACUCCUUUUGGACGUCGACACACUGGACAUCAACAUCCCUAUUACCAUCAAGAUUGCCCUGUUCACUUUAAGCUCUGUCAUAAUGACAGUUGUUGUCAUCAUAUAUAUAACGCCUCUCUUCGUGGUAGUCAUUAUACCACUAGCCGUCUUCUAUUAUUUUGUACAAAGGUUCUACGUUGCCACCUCACGCCAACUCAAGCGUUUAGAAUCCAUAUCAAGGUCGCCCAUCUAUUCCCACUUUAGUGAGACGGUAGUUGGUGCCAGUUCAAUAAGAGCAUAUGGGAAGCAGGAUGAAUUUGUAAACAAAUCCGAUGUGUUAGUUAAUCAAAACCAGCAAGCCUAUUAUCCGAAUAUUGUUUCAAAUAGAUGGCUUGGAAUUCUGCUUGAAUUUAUUGGAAACAUAAUUGUUCUAUUUGCCGGCUUGUUUGCUGUAAUUGGGAGGGAUACCUUGAGUGGAGGACAGAUUGGAUUAUCUGUGUCAUAUUCGCUGCAGGUGACGCAAUCUUUGAAUAUCCUUGUUAGGAUGCUUACUGAUUUGGAAACCCAUAUUGUAUCAGUCGAGCGAAUUAAAGAAUAUACAGAUAUCGAAAAUGAGGCUGUAUGGGAGAUAGAGAAUAGCAAACCUCCACCCGCGUGGCCCCAGGAGGGGGCGAUAGCUGUCGAUAAUUAUAGUGUCAGGUAUAGGGAAGGACUAGACUUGGUUUUGAAAGAUGUAUCAUUCAAUGUACAGCCGGGUGAAAAGGUUGGUAUUGUGGGAAGAACAGGAGCAGGGAAAUCAUCUUUGACUCUAGCAUUAUUCCGUAUACUAGAACCUGCAAAUGGCUCCAUUAUCAUUGAUGGUAAAGACAUCACCAAGAUGGGCCUACAUAGUCUGCGAUCAAAACUUACAAUUAUUCCACAGGAACCUGUUCUAUUCUCUGGUUCUCUAAGGAUGAAUUUAGAUCCAACUGAUAUAAGAACUGAUGAUGAACUGUGGGGUGCAUUGGAGAAUGCCCAUUUGAAAGAUUACGUCGCUGGUCUUCCGGAGAAGCUCAUGCAUCCCUGCUCUGAAGGUGGGGAGAAUCUAAGUGUUGGUCAACGGCAGCUAGUAUGUCUGGCAAGGGCGUUGUUGAGAAAGACAAGGAUAUUAAUACUCGAUGAAGCAACGGCAGCAGUUGACCUCGAAACUGACGAUCUCAUUCAGAAUACAAUAAGGACGGAGUUUAAGGAUUCGACAGUGGUUACCAUAGCACAUAGGUUGAAUACAAUCAUUGAUUAUGACAGGAUACUUGUUUUGGAUGCAGGCAUGCGGAAAGAGUAUGAGACGCCUACCGCAUUGUUGAAUGACAAAACAACUAUAUUUUAUGGAAUGGCAAAGGACGCUGGUUUGGUGUCCUAG